UUUCCCCGAACGCCAUCCGACGGCCGCUCACCGAUCCGCGAUACUGCCGCUUUCGCUAGCUGUGGUACCUUCCAAGCAGUUCGUCCAACCUCGCAACCUCUGAUCUUCACCGAUCCUUCACUGCUACACACACACGCCCUCACUCGACAAUUUAACAACCCCACACCUUCUCUUCCCUCCCAACCCAACUCAUGCUCGCCUCCCGCUAAAGACAACCUCGUCUCCGCACCCACGCUCGAUCCCUCUUCGACGACAAUCCUACAAAGUCGGCCGAAUGCCUUAUACACCUCCCACCCAGCAGUCGCCUGCCUCGUCAAAGCCUAACAGUCCCAUCAUCAGCCGGAGCCAUUCCUACACGGAUCAUCGGCAUCUGCAGCUAGCCCAGAAGCCUGCUCUUCCUCGAUCCGUUUCCUCCACAUCAUACAUCACCAAGCAUCGACGGUCGCCCUCGACCUCUAUCCAGGACACCACAGCUGCCAACACAGUGUCCAAUGGCACGAUAGAUAACUCGUCUGAGACCACCCGGGGUCGAGGUUCGGCGAUGCAUGGUAGCGUUCGCCCAACUCCCUACGUGAGCAAGCGGUUGACGAUGCCCCCAGGUGCCGUCACCACGCCUCCCGAUUCGUCAGACGACGAUGAGGAACAGCGUCGUGAGAUUGGCAAUCUGAAGGAGCUGCACCAUGCCCUCCAAAGCAUCGACGUAAGGAGGGAACGUUCACCGAACCGCGAAGAGACUCCUGACGCUGUCUCUAUCGCCGCGGCACCUGGCGCUUUGUCACCCGAGGCUCGUAAGAUCUCCCACUCCCGUUCCUCGAGCGAGAUCAUGCUGUCUGCACACGGCGUUCACCUCGACCCGAACCCCAUCCAGACCAGCUCCGAAAACAGCGAUGCCGAGGACGAGCUGCGGAUAAAACCGCCGCUGUUGCGGAAGAAGUCUGGCGAGUUGGUGAAGCCUGCACUGCGACCUGCCUCUCGUCGGCGGCCUUCGAGCAUGCCGGGCACUCCAACCUAUCACAAGGCGGUGCACUUCAACGAAGACAUGGAGCAGGUCAGGCACUUCCUUCGCCUAGAUAAGCCCAUCGCCGUCUCGGCUGGUUCCUCGCCCGUGGAUACAUACGACAGCGAGUCCGACUAUCCCUGGGGCUACGACGAUGGGUACCGUUCAUCUGCCGUGGAGUGGGAGAUCAAGCUUGCCAAUUUCCCCGGCGACACCUUUGAGAGGAGGACGGCGCCUGUUCGGGUGGAACGCCUCUUUCUGGCAUCGGAUAAUAAGACUCUGAUUGGUACCGUGGCCGUCGCCAACAUUGCCUAUCACAAGGUUGUGGUGGCGCGAUUCACGCUAGACUACUGGAACACUACGUCCGAAGUGGUUGCCGAGUACAAUCAGGACGUUCGCAAGAAGCAGGCGAGCGACGGCUACGACCGCUUCAACUUCAGCAUCAAGUUGGCUGACCAGGCGAACCUGGAGACGAAGAAACUACUCCUCUGCGUCCGCUACAAUGUCAAUGGCCAAGAGUACUGGGACAACAACAAUCAUCAGAAUUAUCAGAUCGAUUUCGUCAAGAAGGUGAAGCAGCGGGGCAACCCUAAUAAGAGUUCGCAUGGCUUGGGUGCCAUCCCUCGCAGCCGCAACUCUCCAACUGGCCAACGGCGGCGUUCGGUUGAUUCGUUCGACGAUGAUUUCGACCAUGUUUUCGAGUCCAAGUUCCAAUUCGGCUCCGGCCGGGUCAAUUUGAGCGAACCCACUACCAGCUCGAUCCGCUUUAGACCCAAGAGCAAGCGUGGAAACCUAGAUCAGGAUCUGCGCCGCAACCCUACCGGCUCGGCGUUCUCGUCGCGUUAUGACUUCACUGCCUCUCUCACGGCGGCUUUGUCCAAUGCCCAGAAUGCCCUUGGCAGUCGAAGCGGGAUAACGCAGCCCUCGACGUCGCAGGGAGGUACCGGCGGCGCCGGCAUUGCACCCAUCCCUGGAACGAGGCCCGAUGCGUUGUCUCCAGCGAAGACAGAUCUUCGGUCGGCCGAAUACAACGAGUUGAUCCAGAAAUUUUGCUUCUUUGGCACGUCGUCUGGCAAGGGCUCCUCGAAGUCUGCCCCUCGGGCAACGAGCGAUUCUGUCAGCAUUGUUCCUGCCGACGAUAGCUCAGCAUCCGGAGGCAGCCGCCAAUCGUCUGCGUCGAGCAGCCCCGGUUCUCCCAAUAUGCCCCUGGCAGUCGAUGGCGGUAGUGAUCCUAAGAAUCACUUUGCGUCUCGCUCAACGUCCCCUGGUCCUGUUACGGGAUCGGCUCCGGAAGAUCUUGCGCAUUCUUCCUCUUAUCAACAGUAUGGUUACGGCAUGCACGGUGGCAUCUUUCCUGAGCGGAGCCACACUCCGCAGGCCUGUGUUUAAGGAACAUCCUUUGGCGAACAGAUGUGGAACGAGAAUCACGAGGCUUGUUGGUCACAACGGCUACGACAUCGUUUGAUGAGCGGCGAGUGGAGCGGAUGCGCCCGGGUGUACCAGGGUGCGGAGCGCUCACGAGUCGGAUUCAACGCGGUUCGGAG